UUUUUUUUUUUUUUCCAAAUCCACAGAUUUUCUAACAUGAGAGGGCACGGGAUUUCUUCACGACAGAAUGGCAGUAAAAUGAACAUGGCCCCUCGAAGUAACAUGUCUGUUAAGAAUAUCCAAGCGUGCCUGCCAGCAUGAGUGCAUAACUGGCAGUCCUACUGCUAGGCAGUCUAAGAGAGCAAUGGAUCUUUUAAUAUCUUGAUGUGGACCAGCUCAUGUGCCUCUGGAUGAGCUUUUCAGGCAGGAGUUUGUGCAUAUGAAGAGAGCUGCUCGGCGACCAGCCGUGCACUUUGUUCUGUCCCAUGGCGGACACGAUCUCCGCUGCUUGUCUGACUUUCUCUUGAAAAAGCAAACAAAGCUGCCCAUACUGGAGCAAACAAGAAACUAAAUAAAAAAAAUAAAAAGAAAAAAUAAAAAGAAAAAAAGAAAAAAAGGAACAUGCCUAAAAUCCGGCUCAGGGGAAGGUUUGCACGUUUACGGAGAGCGAAGCUGUGUACCCCCCACGCGGAGCAUCCCGCGGUCUGCGACGGGACUUUAAACCGCCGUGGAAGGCAUCAAGGUGAGUGCCGUCGUCGUCGUCGUGGGAUUGACGCGCCCCCAGGAGCGAAGAGAGACGACUGUCUGCGUGUUGUCGAGACAUUGGUGGAGCCCGGCAAGGCCAGCAGCAGCUUGGACGUGCUGCCCAAUCGCCGAGAGUGCUGCUCCGUGGCCUCGACGACCAAGGCCCGGCCGGCCUGCUUUUGAGGCCUGAUGGUGACCCAUGUUGAAAAUGUUUAGAUGCUUCUGCAGGUUUCUUCCAGGCUCUCACACACAAACACACAUACACACACACCAGGGCGCCGUUUCAGCAGGGAGCUGCCGGACGCUGUGCCAGAAUAUCGCGAUCUGAGCUGGUGGUGCAUGAAGGCCAUGACGCAGGGCAAAUAGCCGCCUCGAAUAGA